AACAUGUUGCGUACUUCCGGUUUUCUCUUCUUCCGUGAAAGCUCAGCCAUCGUUUCCUUUCGAGCAAAAUAAAGUGUCCAGAAUGAGCUCAACAGCACUAUUACAUACUGCAAGGUGACAACUCCGUCAAUGGAAGGACGCAUAUAAGAAAAUGUCUCCGAAAAUCGCGGAUCUUUUACUGCUGUUCAAGAACAAACAUUCAUUACCGACCAACAAGUUGUUUCGCUAGCCAAACCGUGCAGCUAUUUAAGAAUAGCGAGCUAGCUAUCUAGCUAGUGGGCUAGAUAGUCAACUAAUUGCUAUUUGGUUACUAGCUAGCUGUAGGUAGCUUGCAAUCUGAUAGUCCGUUUACCUUCCCUGCCUUGGCUGGACUUAAGCAUUUGCAUCCCUCGGUUGCAUUUCAGUUCUGCUGUACCGUUGCGCGAAUCACGAUUCUGCCAGCAUGGACGAGGCCUCUCCCGCACCGUUGACAGAUCUCUGCUUGUCCCUGGUAAGCUCCAAGCUGGAGCUGUUCUGUGUGAAGCAGGCCGAUGGCUCCCUGUGCCUGCGCGAGUCUCUGGUCUUUCCACAGGAGCUAGCUGAUCAGCUGCUCUGCAAGAUGGCCACUGAAGGAUUACUGAACGACGGCACCGUGGGAAUCUUCCGGAGCUGUCAGCAGCUGCGCCUACGCCGCGCCUCCAUCCGCACGGCACGCAUAUCGUCCGAGGCCUUUCACAGGGCCCUCUGCUCACACCGGCUCCUGGAACUGGACGCCUCGCACGUCAACGCCGACCUGACCAUCAGUGACAUCGUGCGCGGCCUGGCCUCCAGCAAGGAGCUGCGCGAGAGCCUCCAGCGGCUGGUGCUCAACGGCCUGACCAUGUCGUCGCUGGAGGAGCCGUCGCGGCGCUGCUUCGGUGCCCUGCAGGGCCUGCGCUCACUCAGCGUGGCCCACGUGGACUUCUACGACUCCGGCCUGGCCGACGCGUGCACACUGCCGCGCCUGGAGAGCUUGGACAUCUCCAGCACGUCCGUCACCAACCUCACGCCGCUGCUGGGGCUGCGCGGCCGCCUGCGCUACCUCACCAUGCACCAGCUCAAGCGGCUGGAGAUGACCACCGCACAGCUGCUGGCCGUCCUCAGCCAGCUGGAUGGCCUUCAGCAUCUGGACAUCUCUGAUGACAAGCAGUUCACCUCGGACGUGGCGAGGCAGCUCCUGGAGAAGCCCGGCAUCCUCCCGGCGCUUGUGUCGUUGGACGUUUCCGGCAGGAAGCAGGUGACCGACACGGCCAUCAAGGCCUUCAUGGAUGAGAGGCCUGGCAUGACAUUUGUGGGACUGCUGGCCACCGACGCCGGAUUCUCGGAUUUCCUGUCUGGAGAAGGGACUCUAAAGGUGACAGGCGAGGCGAACGAGACUCAGAUCUGUGAGGCGCUGCGGCGCUACACAGAGCGCGAGGGCUUUGUGCGGGAGGCACUCUUCCACCUCUUUAGCCUCACUCACGUCAUGGAGAAACCUCGGCCAGACAUCCUCAAGCUGGUAGCAUUGGGGAUGAAGAACCACCCCACCACCCUGAACGUGCAGCUGGCAGCCAGUGCCUGUGUGUUUAACCUGACCAAGCAGGACCUGGCUCUGGGCAUGCCUGUCCGUCUGCUUAGCACUGUCACGCAUCUUCUCCUGGAAGGCAUGAAGACCUUCCCCAACCACCAACAGUUGCAGAAGAACUGCUUGCUGUCCCUCUGCAGCGAUCGCAUACUGCAGGAGGUCCCUUUCAACAGAUUUGAAGCAGCUAAAUUGGUCAUGCAGUGGCUCUGUAACCAUGAGGACCAGAACAUGCAGAGGAUGGCUGUCGCCAUCAUAUCCAUUCUGGCUGCCAAGCUAUCAACGGAGCAGACAGCACAGCUGGGUGCGGAGCUCUUCAUUGUGAAGCAACUCCUGCACAUAGUGCGUCAGAAGACCAGCCAGUCCACGGUGGACGCCACCCUGAAGUUCACUCUGAGCGCUCUCUGGAACUUGACCGAUGAGUCACCAACCACCUGCAGACACUUCAUAGAGAACCAGGGCCUGGAGCUGUUCAUUAAAGUCCUGGAGUCCUUUCCAUCAGAGUCUUCCAUUCAGCAGAAAGUGUUGGGUUUACUGAAUAACAUAGCCGAAGUAGGGGAGCUGCAUACGGAGCUGAUGGACCAGCGCUUCCUCGGCCACAUCAGCACCCUGCUGCACAGCUCCGAGGUGGAGGUCAGCUACUUUGCGGCAGGCAUCCUGGCACACCUCACCUCCAGAGGGGAGAGUGCCUGGACCCUGGAUAUACUGCUGCGCUCCAAACUGCUGGAGGAAUUGCAUGGAGCCAUAAUGAAGUGGCAACCACCAGACUGUGAGAUGGUGGCUUACAGGUCGUUUAACCCCUUCUUCCCACUGCUGGAGUGUUUCCAUACCCCCGGAGUGCAGCUAUGGGCAGCCUGGGCCAUGCAGCAUGUAUGCAGCAAGAAUGCGGGGCGGUACUGCAGCAUGCUCCUGGAGGAGGGGGGCCUUCGGCAGCUAGAGAUGGUGCGCUCCCACCUCGAGACCCACAAGGACGUGCUGAAGCUGACCGAGAACAUCUUGGACAGCCUGCAGAAACACCAGACCCGCACGGGACAGCUCCCCCCACAGCGCUGCCACACACUACCACAUAAAGAGAAAGAUGCGCAGUGACAUGGGCCAACCCCCGCCGGCUGCAAGACGACAAACAGCUGACAGAACUCGAAGCUUGGUCUGGGUGUUUGUGUGCUUAUGAGUGAGUGUCUGUUUGUGUGUGUAUCAGUGAGGAUGCAAGUGUGUACAUGAUUGUGUGUGUGUGUGUGUGUGUGUGUGUGUGUGUGUGUCUGUACUUGGGGGAAGGGUGAAACACAGUGAUCCAGCACUUUUGAUGAGAGAGAAGCCCCUCUUAUACAGCCUGUUCAAGGUGACAAUUUUGCGCCAUUAUUACACCUUGUCGUUCUGUAUGAAACAUACAAACACCGAAGGGGUUGUUGUUGUUGUAGUUGUAGUUGUAGUUGUUGUUGUUGUUGUUCCGCCAUUAAGCUGGCAGUGGAGGUAGACACCGUGCCGAAUCACCUUUUGUGUGAAACCAGAGAGCCAGGAUGGCAGAAUAGGGGUGUGACACAGCUUAGCAGCUAACCAAAACAAAGCAAGACUAUUGUGUUGUCAGAGCACAUGAGUCCAACAUGAUUAACAUGUUAAGCAGUAACAUGUUGUAUGCCUACAUGAUGGACACCAACUUUGCUUGAGUCCGAACAUUGCUAUAAAUGUGCACGGCUGGCAAGACCCCGGCAACACCAGAUUCACAUAUCAUUGUUUUUUUUUAAGGUAACAGGUAGCCUGUGCUUUGAUUCCGACGUGUAUGUUAUGGUGCAAUGGAGACGACUCCGAACUAAUUUGGAAACGUUUGACAAGUUUCCCAGCUCUGGCUUUAAUGCGUUCAAGCCAAAUGUAAACACAACUACGUGGUGAUGAGUCAUCAUCAGUGCAUUUUCCUUCUGUCUGCUGGGUAGCAAUGGUUUUCUGUUGUUCAUUUUGACACACUGCAUCUUCUCACACAUUUAAAAAGGUUUGUAAUCUUUCAUAUUGUCAAGGUCUGUGAUAAGGCUCUGUUAGGUUUGUUGCCAUAUUGAUAACGAUGUCAAAUUGAUUAAAUAAUGGGCCACA